UGUUGUGUGGGUUUUUUUGGCCGUUUUUUCCCAGCAUGCUUUGCCAGCGCACUGUUUUGUCAGAACACCGGGAGCACGGAUUAUAACGGAAUUGAUUUGUCGACGACCUCCAGCAGCUGAAAAAUGUCAGACGCGGUCCAGGAGAAGAUCAAGAACUACAGGACGGCUCCGUUUGAUGCCCGCUUCCCCAACACCAACCAGACACGCAACUGUUUCCAGAACUACCUGGACUUCCACAGAUGUAACAAAGUUCUGUCAGCCAAAGACCAGGACACGGCUCCCUGUGACUGGUACCGCAGAGUCUACAAGAGUCUCUGCCCAAUCAGCUGGGUUCAGAAAUGGGACGAUCAGAUAGAGGCAGGAAGCUUCCCUGGGAAGAUUUAAGGAAAUGUUGAUCUCCAUCCAAUUGUCUCAUCUUAAGAUAUAAAAGUGAAAAACUCCAAUAUUUCUGUACAAAAAUGUCAUAAUAAAAUGUUACUAUGAGUCA